CUGAGGAAGUGUUUCCGGGGAGUUACUUUAUGCCGUGACACUCCGGGCAACAGAGAACGAGGAGUCAGUCAGACAUGGUAUCUGGUGCAGGAGUCGCGAGAAAGAAAUCUGCGGGACCCCCGUCUCUGAUGUGGGGUACCCUGCACGCUCUAUGGAAGGAUAAGCAUCGGGUUCUCUUCAAAUCCGAGUAUACCCUGCUCGUGACCGCGGUACUUUGGAUCGCCGAGAUCGUGAUCAAUAUCUGUGUGAUCCACCGCGUUGCAUAUACAGAGAUUGAUUGGAAAGCCUACAUGGAGGAGGUGGAGGGGGUUAUCAAUGGAACGUACGAUUACACUCAGCUGAAAGGAGACACUGGCCCCUUAGUGUACCCAGCUGGCUUUGUGUACAUCUUCACAGUGCUGUACUACGUGACGGGCCGGGGGAGGGAUGUUCGGCUGGCUCAGUACCUCUUUGCAGUCUUCUAUCUCGUCACGCUGCUCCUGGUGUUUCGUAUCUAUCGCCGUACCAGCAAGGUCCCUCCCUUUGUGUUCUUCUUCAUGUGCUGUGCCUCCUAUCGGAUCCACUCUAUCUUCAUCCUGCGGCUCUUCAACGACCCUGUGGCCAUGAUGCUUCUCUUUGUGGCGGUCAACCUCUUCCUGGAUGGCCGCUGGACGCUGGGCUGCUGCUUCUACAGUCUGGCAGUGUCUGUGAAGAUGAACGUGCUGCUGUUUGCCCCUGGGCUGCUGUUUCUGCUGCUCUGUGAGUUCGGGCUGCUGUGGAGCAUCCCCAGGCUCUCCCUCUGUGCAGCUAUACAGGUGGCACUGGGCCUCCCUUUCCUGCUGGAGAACCCGCUGGGCUAUGUGAGCCGCUCCUUUGACCUGGGCCGGCAGUUCCUCUUCGAGUGGACUGUGAACUGGCGCUUCCUCCCGGAGGAAAUCUUCCUCAGCCGCUAUUUCCACCUGGCCCUGCUGGGGGCACACCUCUCAGUGCUGCUGCUGUUCACUCUGUACCGCUGGAAUAGGUCUCAGGAGAGCAUCAUCUCCCUGCUGAAGGACCCAGCCCAGCGCAAACAGACCUCGCCAAAACUCACCGCUGACCAGAUCACCUACACGCUGUUCACCGCCAACUUCAUUGGGGUGUGUUUCAGCCGCUCGCUGCACUACCAGUUCUACGUGUGGUACUUCCACACACUGCCCUACCUGCUGUGGAGCGGCCGGGUCACGAAGCUGGCUCCUCUGUUCAGGGUGCUGAUCCUGGGGCUGGUGGAGCUGUCCUGGAACACCUACCCCUCCACAGUGUACAGCUCGGCUGUAUUGCACGCCUGUCACCUCGUCAUCCUGCUGUCUCUGUGGUAUGGACAGGAAGCUGCCGUCCACCUCCACAAACGCAAGUGAUCCCCACCCAGCACCAUGGGAGGACCGUUCAAACAGGAAGGCCCUUCCCUGUCUAGUCUGAUACGAGGAGAAGCAGAGUCCAGCCUUAGUGUAAUCUAGCCGUCCAGCACUUUCUCAGUCUCUAUUCAACAGAAUAUUCUGGGGGAAGGAAAGGCAGUGGGAUCUAGUGGUUAGAAAGUACAGGGCUAAAGGUUAUCCCCCGUCAGACCCUUGCAGUAGCAUUGCAGUGCUAUUGGUAUUUCUUUAUAUGAAACCUUUAACAAAACAAAUCGCUUUACAGGUGUGGAAGGCUUCGGCAGUGUAUUGAAUUACAGAAAUGCACGUCUUGGAGUCGCCACGCCGUUCCACACCUCAGCAGUUCCAUCGGGAAUCUUGAGAUUAUUGGACAUGGGAAGACCUGGAGUGAUAGUUUUAUUGUUUUCUUUUUUUUCAUUUGAGUUUCUUUUUGCUAAAUGUGGCUACCUGGAUGAAAAGGCUGUAUGUGGUAUUCUGAGAAUAUGUUUGAAACAGAAACAGACUCGACACCUGCUGCUAAAGCAACUGCGACAAAGAGCCAAAGAUAGAGGAAGAAAACCUAGGAGGACACAAAAAAAAAGCAGAAUCUUGUUUCUAAUAAAGUUUCAGUAUUCCAUGUG